CAACUUGAUGGGCUGUCUUAAUUGUUUUCGAUUUUUUCGGAUUAUAUUUCCAGAUGUAGCCCACUUAAAUAUCAAACACGGAUUCAUCAUUGUUCAGAUAUUUUCUUAGCCAAAUCCUCAAGGCUUACGUGGAAAUUUAAUGAAGCUUUAAUGUAACAUAAUAAUUAUAUUUAAUUAAACUUUUCAAAAGAAAUUAAAAACGGAUUGGGUGCGAUAAGUAAACGACUCCGCCAUAUGAUCUGAUCAUGACGCAUCACUCGCCAAAAGGAAUUAGCCAAUUAGGGCCCCCACGCUUUCACAUGUCAACGGUCAAACGUACUCCUCUGGACCCCCUUAAUGCCUUCUUCAUUUUCCUGAUCAUCAAUAUACGUGGUCUUCAAAGCUUAAAACCUCCGAAGCCUGAAAACACCAAAACUAGAAAACAAAAAAAGAAUGGACGGCUUGGAUCAGCUUCCAGAUUCUCUGAUCCUCCUGAUCUUCAACUCAGUCUCCGACGUCAAAACCCUGAUACGCUGCCGUUCCGUCUCCAAGCGAUUCAACUCACUCGUUCCGCAGACCGAGUCACUCCUCUUAAAAAUCGACCGCGUCAUCUCGUCCGAGUCAGACUCCGACUCGCUGUUCCUCACCCUCUUCAAAUCCUUCCUCUACCUCAUCUUUCCCAAACCCACCGUGGCCCAACUCCCGAACCGGACCCAUACAUACCCGGCCCAAAUCCUCUCCCAGUUCCAACGAAUCAGGGAACUGCAUGUGGAAUUACCCGCCGGUGAUCUUCACUUGGAGAAAGGCACGGUCGUUAAGUGGAGAGCGGAGUUCGGCGAAACGUUAAAAACCUGUGUCAUUUUCGGGUUCCGUUUGGGAAAUAGGAACAACGGAAAUUACGAAGCGGAAUUCGCAGGAGGGUUGAAGACGCGAGUGAUGUGGACAAUAAGCGCGUUGAUCGCGGCGUCGAUUAGGCAUUUCCUGUUACGGGAAGUCGUUAGGGAACAUAACGGAAUGGAAAAGUUAGUUUUAACGGACAGGGAAGGGGAAGGGGUGGUGGUGGUGGAAAGACAAGGGUUGAGGGAGUGGAGGACAGCGCGUGAGAGUCACGUGGAUGUGGAUGUGGAUGAGGAAGACGAGGAGAGAGGGAGGACCGUUAUCCCUAGCGCGAGGAUGAGGAUGAAGCAUGAACCAAGGUUGGGUACUACAUUGGUGGUGGUAAGGGCUGUGAAAGAUGGGGCCCAGAUUGGGAGGGAAGCUGACGUGGAAGAUGCUGAUUUAGCUCUGAAGGCUUUCGGGAAUGGGGCAUAUGGGGAUUGUGUCAGGGAAUUGCUUAAGGUGAAGAGUUAUCUUCUGGAAAUGAACUCCUUUUGAUUACUAAAUUUGGCUCUUCUUUUCUAUUUUUUUGCUUGUUUCUGUUGUUUCAAUAUUUGUACAUAAUUGUGUAAAUUUGAAGCUUUGAGAUAAUUAAGAUUAGAUAAAUUUACAUCACUCAA